ACUCAUCACACUCUCCCCUCUCUCUCCCCGAAGAAGCUUUGACAGCAUUCCUGUUUUAUCCUGACAAACUUUUAAUCCGAAUUAUCGGUCGAAACUUCGCGAUGAGUUCAGAACAGCCGGAAAAGGUUCCAGCGGCAGAGCUUACCGGGGAUACUCCUGUUUCAGUGCCCAAGGACGCCGGGGAUAUCGCAGCUGCUAAGCCAACACCAGCUAAUAUUCCUUCUUCUGCAAACCCGGCGUCAGAAGUCAACACCUCCUCGGCUCUCGAAUCUAGUAUUGAAAAUCCACCGCCUAAACCGCCGCGUCCAAUGUCUCCUCAGCAGCAGGCUCAAGCUACUCUUCAAGAGGCUUUCCCCUCUAUUGAUGCUACCGUUGUCAAAGCGGUUCUUGUCGCCUCAGGUGGCCAGGUUGAACCGGCAUUUACCGCCCUGCUGACUAUGAGUGACCCCACUUUCGUAGAAGAGACUCCUCCUCCACAGCCUCCUCGCCCUCCACAACACGCCCAAGUGAGACAGCCGUAUGCGGAUCGCCCCGAGCGUCGCCAGGGCCCUGGUGGCUCCCUACCGUCGCCAUAUGCAACAUCUACCCCACAAACUCAACUUGAAGCAGACGAAAUUUAUGCUAGACAAUUAGCAGACCAAUUCAGUGCACCUAGGAGAGCUGGAACUGGCAGGCCUCGCCCGGGCGCGAGUACAGCCCUAGAUCCAGAAUAUGAGACAAGUCGAAGAAGAGGAAGAUUGCAUGAUCCAGAUUCUGACUAUGAUUCAGACAAGGAGCAUUCGUUCCUUGAUGACGAUCUUCCGGUUAUUAAGGAAAACCUCCGCAAAGGUUUUCUUGAAACCCAAAGCAAAGUCAAUUCUUGGAUCUCUGAUUUCAAAAAGAGGCUGGAUGGUGACUCUCCCGAGACAUCUCCUCCGAGCUCCGCACGGCCUAGUAGCCAGUAUACUAGGAGUGGUAGUCGAACUGCUACUGGAUUCGAAAAUCCCGGAAGGAGCUCGAGAGACGGGGGAUACGACGCUGACCCCCGGGUUCUAAGCGAUGAUUUUACGCAUCUUGAGCUUAGGGAUAGUUCUGUUCAAACUCCGCAACCUCGUCGUCCUAGGGCCAAUCCUGGAUUGUUUCAAUCUUCAAACAAGCCCACUGGUCGCAAGGUAUCAUUUGAUGAGCGCCCAGUUACUAUUUCCGAUGACGAUAUGUAUCGUCCGCCACAGCCCCCUCGCUCUACUUCAGCUGGUGCGCCAGCUCGACAAACAUCUCCAUCGCCCAGUAAAUGGGAGCCCUUGAAGAGUGUGGAGCCAACGCCAAUGGAUAGGGAUCCUUUCUCACUCGGUGACAGUGAUGACGAGCGGGAUGGCUUAGUAAAGGAGAGCGAUGCAGAGCCGGUUUCUGUUUCAUCGGCGCAAGAGACUGGCAUUAUAUCCAAAGACACCGCGAAAUGAAGCAUGUAACGGGGGAAUUGGAAAGUUUGAUGGCUUUCGUAAAAUGAUUGUUAGCUAUGAGGCUUGUACUUUUUUAUUUUUAUUUUUAUUUUAGCUACUAGUUGGGGUUGUAAUGUUUCAAAUGAACCUGCAUUCUUGAGUGGA